AUGAUGAUAGAAAAUAUAGAAAUUAAUAAGCCUUACUCGGUUGAAUUAUCUAAUGAAGUAGCCGAAUUGACAGUAGAAAAUUUACAUAAAUUUACUGAAAAUUAUGAAGAAAAUCAUCAGCAGUUACAAAUUAACAGAUCACUGAAUGCAAUUGACAUAAGCAGCCUUAAUUCGAUUAACAAUAAGGAUAAAGAUAUGCAAAAAAUAAACGAGAAUAAUAGUACUAUUUCCUAUACAAAAAAGAGGUGGUUCGGUCAAAAUGGAGUAACGCAAUUUAAUCAGACUAAUAAAAAAUUAAAACUCGAUAGAUCAUUUGUAAACAAUAAAAGUCUUAGUGCGACUAAUAAUUUCCUAUAUGUCAAUGAAAACUCUAAUCCAUCCUUCAAAUAUGAUAAUGUAAAUAUUAACGCUAAUGCAAUACAAGAUAUAGAUAAUAAUUUUAUACAAGAAUCCAGUGAGAUUUAUUGCGAUACGAACAAAAAUCUUUCUAAUAGAUCAAAAACGAUAUUUAAUUUAGACAAUGAAAAAAACGAGUCGAAACUAAUUAAAGAAUAUGGUACAAAUGUUGAACAUUUUGGUGAAGAUAAUCUGCUCAAAUAUGAAAUAUCAGCUUGUAGUACGCAAUUAGACUACCAAAAGCAAAUCGGAAAUAAAACUCAAGAUGAUAGUAACGACGAUGAUUACAUUUCCAUAUACUCAAAUACAUCUUUAAUUCUAGAUGAGAUUCUUAUGUCAUGUUAUAAGAACAUAGAAACGAAUAAAUGUGAAAAGAAUAAAAUCGCUCCAAAUACUUCAGAUACGAGUAAGCAACAUAAUAAUUUAGAAUGUGUUAAAGCAUUAGAUACUAUUGCAAAAUCUGAUAUUCCAUUAAAUAACAAAUUAACAAAUUUGCAAAACACGAGUAAAUACAAAGAAACGCAAAAAAAUAAUACUUCUUCUAUAAAAACAAUAUCCACGCAUACUAAUAAAUCCACUAUUUCUAAUAAUAAUAGAAAAUCUAAUCUAAGAAAUAAUAAUAAUAAAAACUCAUUGCCAAAUGGUAAUUGCAACGUAUACAGUACAAAUACUUUUUCUGAUAAUAAAAAUAUAAUUGAAGUACCUACGAAAGUACAAUUGUGGAGUUAUGAUAUGCAUAGAGAAUAUUGUCUUCAAAUCAUGAAAGAUAGCUUUUGCAGAAACAACAUAAACAAGAAAUGCCUUUUGAAACAUGAGAUAUUUUGUAAGGAAAUAAAUUGUGGGGAAUAUUAUGUGUCUGAGAUUAUAAAGCAUGCAGUCAGAAUUGGUGCGAACGAUGAAAUUAUCGAUGUAUUAGUGGAUAUUGCCAUAUAUAUUUUAAUGAAGUUAGUUAUAAACGAAAUUUGGAUAUUGGCAUAUAAAUUACUGAAUACCUUAGAAAUAUGUUUUGUGAACUGUGAUGCUACAUUCCUUCUCUUAUCAGCUGAAAUUUAUUUAGCAAAUAAUCAAGUUAAUAAAGCGUUCAUGUUACUCAAGGAAAGCAAUAUAAUAAGUUCAAAUCAUCAAGAUUGGAAUGUUUUAAGUAAACCAGAAGAUUGUUAUCUUCGAACGAAGAUAAUACAAAUUUUAUUGGAUGCACUUUGUAAAGAAUCAUCAGAAAAUGCAUUUUUUAUGUUUCAAUUUUUAGCUAAAGAUCAAAAUAAUAAUUAUGAACCUAUAGGUAAGAAAAUUAAUACUAAGGAUAAAUUAAUAUAUAACAUUACAAAUGUAUAUUUUUGUAUGUUUCAGAUCUGUCACAAUAUGUUGACAAAUUAAUGUUGAAAUUUUUAUCAAC